AUGCAUGCAACAUCGUGUUCAGUGAAGACUCAAUCAGCGAUCGCAAAAACUUUGGAGAAUGGCUAUCUUCUUUGUAUUAUUUGUAACACACAGGUGAAGAGUAAAUUAUGGAUAGCUCACUCAAAUGGUCGGAAACAUCGUGAAAAUAUUGCCAAUUUCAAGAAAGCAGCAACAGGUAAUGCUACUUCAUCAAAACGGAACCCUGAAGAGCCAACCGCAUCUCUCUCGACAGCAUCCUUGAAAAAGCUAAAAGUGGAUGUAAAGGAGUCAACUUCAAAAGAUCUGAACGAAAGUACUCCUUGGGAGAAAGAUUCUAUGUCAAAAGUGAUAGAAAGUAAGACAACAUACGGUCAAAAGAAAAAUAUCAUCAAAGGAGUGCCUGAAGGUUUCUUCGAAGACGAGAAACUGAAUAGCAGAGUUAUUGACACUAUAGAAAAGCAGGCUAAUAUAGAACAACAAUACAUAGAUUUCAUGAGAGAGUUGGAUGAAGCAAAGCAGGAGGAAGAGCACCGUGAAGAAAAUGAAGAAUAUGUAGUGGCUAUUGAACACGAUAUCGAACUUAUUGAUGAGCAGAUUGACCAGUGGAAGCGAGUAAAUCGGUUAGAACUGCGGCGAGAUAAAUUGUACAGCACGGUAGUUGAGAAAAAUGGAAGACAUACCGAACCAAUAGUGGUAGAACAAAUGAGCGAUGAUGAUGAUGAAUCUGAUGUCGAUCUUACUGGGUGGAGAAAUAAAGGCAUUUGA